GCUGUCGAGCGUGGCCGCGCGGACAGCCGCACGAUUCUUAACCGACGCGCGGUUCUCCGGCCAGUUUGCCUGCUGAGCGUGACGCGCUCGGUUCCUUCCACCGUUCGUAUCCUCGACGCGAACUUCAAAUCGGUAUCACGUUGCCACCCUAGAUCACGUGCCUAGCAUCGGUCGAAUUUGCCACAAGCUGAAGAAGCUUUCCUGUCUACGCUCUAGCGAGCGAGUAUAAUCUACUGUCACCGGUAGUGACAACGGACAACAGAAUUGUGUAACUGCGACUGCAAGUCAAAAGUACGUACGCACGAAAUCCUCUUGCGUCCUCCUAACGUCAACGUCAGAACGAACGCGAUGUUUGCAAGUUCGAAUCUAAGAAUGAGAGAAAGAGAGAGAGAAAAUUGACGGUAGAACGUCGUUUCGCAAAAUAGACGAAAAGUGAACGAUGUAAAAUGUGCGUCUUCGUGAGCAUUGGAUACUUUGAUUCUCGAGGUACGAGUCGAGCAGGCAAUUCGAUCGUCGCGACUUGAUCCAGUCGUUCUCUCUCUCUCUCUCUCUCUCUCUCUCUCGUCGAAGAGUUCUUUCUUAGUGAAGUAAAGAAUCGAAGAUCCUUCGGUGAAGGGGAAAUGGAAGAGGCAGACGAGACAGAGAAUCGGCGACGAAAACGGCGAAGACGACGAAGACGCGAAUGGGAAGAGGCUUGAGAACGCCAGAGGCUGACAAUGGCUGCCUCUCGCGUCGAUCUGGAAAUCGGCGACGAUCCAACGACAGCCGCCAACAACAAGUCAUCGAUCCCCCGCGAUUCCGAAAGAAAUUCGAGUGAAAAGAUCGCCAACGACGUCGAGAGGGGACGCAAAGUCACGAAUAAGAAUGACGGAAUGGGAAGAGCGGUCGUCGCAGAGGACCAUCGCGGGACAUCCGGCAAAGACGAAGCUCAAGGACGAAACUCAAUGGUCCACGAACGCCCGGGGAGGAGCGGAUUGCCUUUUGCCUUCGUUCAAGACGAAGCGAGCAAAAGUUGGCGAACCGCGGAGCUCGACGAAACGAAACAAAGUUUCAACGUGGAGACGAAGGAGCCGAAAGAUUCGAUUUGGCAGGAAACAAAGUUCUCGGCCGAGGUGAAACGGGCCAACGUGGACCUCGGGGCCGACAAUUCGACACAGAUUAGGAAACCGAGUAGCAGUCGAACGAAGUCGAGGAAGAAGCCGGAGAACAGUCAGGCGUCGAUCUCCGCCAUGGUUAUCUAUAAACUGGCAGGUUCGACCAAGCAUCGUGGAUCGCGAGAGAGCGCCGGUAAGAACGAUCGACGCGAACUUUCACCGCCGCGUAGACCACGGGGUCACGGGAAUUUGAUCGUUGAUACGACGACGGGAGGUGGGGUCGAGGGUUUGGCAAGAUCUCGAGCAGAAGCACCUCGUAAACUGGCCGAUUCUCCGAUAGACAGGGCGACAGAGUCGGCGAUAAAAGGACGCGAAGACGUCGAGACGAGGGUAACUCGAUCGUCAGCCAGCCAGGAGAGCCCUCGCGUCAGCGAACCUCGAUCCUCAAACGACGUGACGCCCGUUCGUCAACAAGCGAGGAAGAACCAAUCCGGUCGAGCCAAGUGCUCGAACUGCGGCGAGCCGCAUUCCUCUCACGAUAAGUCCUCGCCGUGUAAAUACUCGGGACUGUUGGAGUGCGAGGUGCGACUGUACAACGGGGAGAACAACGCGAAAGAGAAUCGAAACGGAAGAGAGACGAAACGCGAGACCCCGGUUGCGUCGUUGCUGUACCGGAGCAAGUCCCUGCCACGAUUGUCCGUGCACGAUAGCGGCGUGGCGUGCAGCGGGAACGAGCAAUCGCCCGCCGCCGGCCACGCGCACAAUUCCAAGCAGUUGCUGGCUGAUUUAAAGCAACUGCACACGUUGAAGCAACAUUACUACCCGGAAGGAGGCUGGGGAUGGGUGGUGCUGUUUGUCGGGACGCUGGUGCAGAUGCUGUCCCACGGAGUGCACGGAUCCAGCGGGAUCUUCUUGCAGCAGGUGGCCGGCAAGUUUGGCCAUCCUGUGUACUCGGAGCCAGGGUGGCUGGGAGCGAUGUCGACGGGAGUGGCUCUGCUAGUUUCACCGGUAACAAUAGCGUUUUGUCGGAGGAAAAGUACAAGACUCACCGCGGUUUUGGGUGGCCUGGUUACAGCGCUCGGUUGCCUUUUCACUUCCUUCGCCUCGCAGUUCCACCAGUUGUUCUUCAGUUACGGCACAGUUGUCGGUAUAGGGGUUGGCAUGACGAGGGACUGUAGCACGCUAAUGGUAGCGCAGUAUUUCAAGAGGCGAAGGGAACUGGUCGAGAUUUUCAUCGUGUCCGGAAGUGGCCUCGGCAUCGCUGUCAUGUCGGCUUUCAUAAAAGGAAUGAUCAGCAAAAUCGGUUGGCGCUUGGGCCUUCAGGCAGUGACGGGCGUGGUUUUCCUGACGUUCAUCUUGGGUACGUUUUAUCGAAGCGCGUCCCUGUACCAUCCGCAACGCCGAGCCAUCCUGCACUUGAAGAAUCAGAAACGCAAAAUUAAAGACAAGAACAAGACGGACGACGGGCCACCGUUCUUCGACUUCAGCACGCUGAAGAGCAAAACCGUGAGAAUACUGUUGGUCUCCACCGGAAUAUCCGCCUUCGGGAUCAACACCCCGAUAUUUUACUUGGCACAUCAGGCUGAAGAAGAAGGUCUCGGUGACACGGUGAUCCUGCUUCAAGCUUAUCUCGGCUUGGCCUGGACCCUCGGCUGCGUUGCAUUCGGCCUUUUGGUUGUGCAUCGCAGCGUCGAGUGCAGGAUAGCGCGUCAGUAUCUUACGCAAGCGGCGAUAUUUGUAUGCGGGUUGUGCAUUCUGGCCCUCACCGCCGUUCAAGGAAAUUAUCACGGAUACGUGUUGUUCGCCUGGAUUUACGGCAUCUUCUGCGGUGGUUACCACUACAGUCUCAAAAUGUACACCUACGAGAGAGUCAGAGCAAGAAACUUUGCAAGAACGUGGGGUUUCGUGCAAUGUUCCCAAGCUAUACCGAUAGCGAUCGGAGUUCCAAUUUCAGGAUACAUGAACAUCAACUAUGGCGGGAAGGCGGGUUACUACUUCAGCUCGACGUGCGUUCUGGUAGGCAGUUUCACUCUGUUCUUCAUAGACCUCCACAGAAGAAAUUUAUCGAGGCACAAGCACACACGGUCCAAUGGGACCAAGCAUCUCUGCGUUUCGAACAACUGUCCACAACGACGGAAGUUGUCGUUCAGCCAGGAACCAGAGAACGACGGCCCGCACGUGGCUGCCGCUGGCGCAGCCGCGGCUGCUCUCGUGCUCGGUGCUGAAAUCGUGCCGAAUCCAGGUGAAUUGAUCGAUGGCCUCGCUCCGGAGAAGCCCGAAUUGACGUGCAUCUCCGAGGAAGGAAUCGCGGACAUGGAUCUUCCUGACAACAUGCUCGAGGACCUCGAUUACAUCGGCGACUGCAUCACGUCGUGCAACAAGGUCGAGAACUAUCUAAUGCUGUCGGAGUUCGAGAACAAUCUGAUAGCGGAAAUGCCGAUAAUCACGGAUCGCCGGGGUCGAAGGUGGUCUCUGGCGCGUUCGAAGGGCGGCCAAUCGAAUUUGGAUCGGCCAUCGGGGCCUCAAUCGAGUAACGAGGAGACCGAUGCCAAGACCAAAUGGCAUGUGACUAAUGUGCCUCCUGCUAAUAGGGUCAUCACAGUGAUUGACGAGGCAAGCACGUAACUCCAGGAAACUGUCAACACUCUCUGUGUUAAUAAGUGCUUCCGAAUGAACUUGUACGAUUCGUAGACGAAUGCUUGAAUCAUUUACUUUCCUUCGAGCCGUGCUGUAAUUUUCAGUACAAUAAGAAGCAGACCCGUCUUGGCACGUUUUCACUUCGAUCGUUCACUGUCGGUACAAGCGAGGUCGGUAUAUAAGUCAAAAAUGAGUGUUUUACGAAUUUUGUUGGAAGUAACGCAUUGAGGGCAAUAGCAAAAGAAAAAACGAAUGGAUGUUAUUACGUAAUUGUUAUGCAAUGUGAACGGGAGGCUCGAGAAUCGAAAAGAAAGAACGAACCGAGUUCCUAGAAAAAGUGGGAGGGUUAUCUAAUUGUAAGAGGCUGACGUUUCUCGUUAAUGCGCUGCCUUCGAUCGUCUGUCUCGUUUGUUCCUCUAUGAUUUAAGAUACUGUUAGAGAUCGUGUUAGCGAUAGUUUAGCGAAUAGUGACGCGUCAACCUGGACAGCGUGGAACGUCCUUGCGAGGAUGUGGGAACGCGGGUGCAAUUAAGGACAAUAACGUCGGCUUUCGACGAGAGGAACCACGGAAACGUUCCGUCCACAUGGAAAUAGCCUCGACUCGCGUCGACGUCUUUGUUUAAGCUUCGUGCUAGUUCACUGCCACGCGUAGAUGCACUGAUUGAACGAUCUUUCGUCCAACAAAAGAAAGAAAAAAGAAAAAAAGAUCGAAGUACGUUUAAACGAAAAGCUUCAAUAGAAAAUUAAAAUUUCUUGGUAAACAAAUUUUACAAAAAAAAAAAAAAAAAAAAAAAAACUGACUUUUGCCGAUCAUUCAGGAAACGAAGGGAAGAUCGAUCGAUCGACUGCGAAUGUAAAAGUCGUUACCUAGAAUUUAUCCUCUUCGGGAAGGAAACCGCUUCUUACACGUAGGCAAUGCUAGCUAAAGAUAUUGAAACUAGUCCAAAACGAAAAUUCGUAUGCAGCGACAAAUGGUAUGGUAUAACGAUACUACGGAUAGUGAGAGUACAUAUGUGAGAGUAUAUCGUUGUGUUAUACAUUAUAUCGGUCGAGACGUUUUAAAAGAAUUUUCAUGCGUGCAGCGUUUCUCUUUCUGUGAUGUCGAGCAAACCGCGAUCGAUAUAAACGCAAAGAGAUAACGACGUUAUUUAUUUAUCAAACUAUUUAUAUUAGAAUUAUACAUACGCAUGCCAUGUACAUACAUAUACACACGCGCGCGCGCGCGCGCGCACGCACACACACACACACACACACACACACACACACACACACACAUAGACGUUUAUAUUCGUAAUAAUAAGCGUAUACACACGCGUGCGGUAUUAUAAUGCAGAUUACGAGUCAGAUGUUCCGAGAUAGUUGAUUAAAAACAAUUCCAAGCCAACCGGAUGUCGAAGCCAGGCUGGCGUUACAAUAACGUGUAAUAUUUCAACACGAUAAUUUUGUUCAAAAAACGAUGUUGACCCGUUAAUGGUCAACGUUGCGUCAAUACAACUUUUUUCUCGAUUCAAGUUAAUACAUUCUAUUUUCUAACAUUGCAGUCACGUUACAAAUUUUCUCUGUAAUCUACAUAAUUGGUUUAUUUUCUUAAGCAAAGUACCUAUUAUUCCAAUAAUGCUGCAAUUUUUACGUAUCAUUUUAUUAUCUGGUCCUUGACGGGUUAUUGACAAACGAAAAGCCUGAUAAACAUUUAAUAUCAAAAUAAGAACCAGUCAGAGAUUGUUUUUAACAAGACGUCAUUUCAACGAUCCGACACACUUGCCCGCGUCGCGUUAGUUACGUUUGUUGCAUUACGACGUUAUCACGAUGAUAACGGAAGGCUGCUAGUCGAACGCGUCGUACGAACGACGCGAAAGAACAAUAAUUUACAAAUUACUGUUUAUUACAUGCCAUAGCAAAAAGAAGCAACACCGAACAAACUGCCUAUAUUGUAAUAUUGUAACGUUGUUAAUACAGAAAUCUGAUUUUAUCAAGUA